AUGGAUAUUCUGAAGCAGGAAUUGAUGAAGAAACGGGAAAGUUUGGCGCAGGACGUCGGCGGAAAGAAGUUUUUCAAGCGAUCGGAAAUCGAGCAGAAACGCCUCCAGCGGCUGCGGGAGGAGGAGAAACGCGAAGCCGAGGCCAAAUCCCUCCGCCAGAAGCAGCUGCAGCAAGAUCAUCAGAGUAAGGAUCCGAAAUCAUCGUCAGACCCUAAUUCGAACACCGAAAACGCGAAGUCCAAGCCCGAAUCGUCCUCCUCUAAAUCCCUGGUCGAGGAGCAGAACAUCGACAAUCUCAAUCUACCGAAGCAGGAAGUGGUCCGCCGCCUCCGGUUCCUGAAACAGCCUGUGACGCUCUUCGGAGAAGACGACGAGGCGAGGCUCGACCGCCUGAAGUACGUGCUAAAGACUGGCCUGUUCGAGGUCGACGAUGAUAUGACGGAAGGGCAGACGAAUGAUUUCCUGCGGGAUAUUGUGGAGCUGAAGAAGCGGCAGAAGUCGGGGAUUGUGAGUGAUAGAAAGAGGAAGUCGAGGAGGGAGGAUGCAGGUGAGGAUGAGGAUGGUGGAGAUGGAGAUAAGGAUCUCAGCGGCGAUGGGGCAUCAUCCGGGGUUGAUCACGACAAGGAUAUUAAGAGAAUGAAGGCGAAUUUUGAUGAGUUGUGCGAUGAGGAUAAGAUUCUGGUGUUUUUCAAGAAGUUGUUGAAUGAGUGGAAUCAGGAGCUUGAUGAGAUGAGCGAGACGGAAAAGAGGACCGCCAAAGGGAAGUCUAUGGUGGCGACCUUUAAGCAAUGUGCUCGGUAUUUGACUCCAUUGUUCAAGUUCUGCAGAAAAAAGGUUCUUCCUGAUGAUAUCCGUCAAGCAUUGAUGAUUGUUGUCAAGUGCUGUAUGAAACGGGACUACCUAGCUGCAAUGGAUCACUACAUCAAAAUGGCCAUCGGUAAUGCUCCUUGGCCCAUUGGAGUCACUAUGGUUGGCAUCCACGAACGUUCUGCACGUGAGAAGAUCUACACCAACAGUGUGGCGCACAUCAUGAACGAUGAGACUACCCGUAAGUACUUACAAUCUAUCAAAAGGCUAAUGACUUUUGCCCAACGGCGCUAUCCAACAAUGCCUUCGAAAGCCGUUGAGUUCAACAGCCUGGCCAACGGUAGUGAUCUGCAGUCGCUGCUAGCGGAAGAGGAGAUGAUGUCUGGAGGGAAACAAUCUGAGGAGAGGCUUCUACUGAUGGCUGCACCCAAGGACGACUAAGUUUAGUAUGUGUUAGAAGAAGUGUAAAGACGGAGCUAUGUGAAAGGAAGAGGUCUCGGAUUCAAUUCAAAAGAAAGGUGUAAACGGAAAAAUUGUAAUGAAACACAUGUAUUUUAACUAUAUGGCUGUUGUGUCUUCAUUCCUCAGUGCGUAUUGCGGAAUUUGAUGA